AUGAAGAAGAAGCCCGUGCAGUUUCGCACCCGGGUCAACUGCGGAAGAGUCUCCGGGAAGGUAGCUCACUGGCAAGCAGAGAAAGAUGAGGGUUGGAUCCGACCCGAUACGCCAAUCGACCACGUGUACCGGGCGAAGAACAGCGGCCUGCUCCUGGUGAAGCGCAAGGACGUCUCAGCCGGACAGGCCUUGAAGCCUGGUCAAGCGGUUGACUUUUUGGUCUACUCCGAAGUCACCGAAGGCGGUCGCUUAGGCGCAGAGUUCUGCCGGUCUGUCCCAGGCAAGAGCCCGAACUUGCAAAACAAAGCACCAACAGUCACCAGGCCUGCGGCUAAGCCCAAGCCAGCGGCCAAGCCACUGACACAGCCGAAGAAAGUGCUCCAGACGCAUCUUAAGAUUCCACAGGACAAGCCGAAGCUCCUGACACCAGUGCCGAAGAAAGGUGGGAAGCCACCUCCCGUGGUGGCACCCCCAGGAAAAGGAUUCAAAGCAAGCAUCCCAACGACGCUCUCGGCCCCAUCCUCGGAAGGCUUCAGAGUAAAAACAAAGCUACCCCGCCAGCCCGUUGGCACAGUUGAGCAGACUGGCCAGCUUCGGGAGUGGUGGGGCAAGUAUGGUUGGAUCAUUCCUGACAAGCCAGUCCAGCACCCUUUAGCUGGCAAGCGCCAGGGCAAGUUGUACGUCCAUCUUUCCGACAUGGAGGACGACAGCGUUACAGUGAAUCCCGGAAGCCGCGUGUCUUUCCUGGUUUAUGCUUGGAGCCUAGCCGGUGACAUCACGCAGACAGCAGCGGCCUGGGAGCGCACAACUGCAGGAUCUUGGACAACCUACCUGCAGGCGGCAAAGGUUUCCAAAACUUCAGAGGCGCCACGCUCAAGGCGGGUUCCAAGCGAAAGCAGGCCGCGGAAGAUCCGUAUGGAAACGUGUGGCAAUCCGAGGAUGAUGGAGGCCUGCCUCCUGACUGGGAGGAGCAUUGGUCCGACGAGUACAACGUCCCAUACUUCUGGAACACUCAGACCAAGGAGUCGGUCUGGGUGCGACCGGAGGCUUAGCAGUGAGAAGGCGCCCUCCAGACGUCCGUUGCGUGCGACGA